AGAGAGAGAGAGAGAGAGAGAGAUAUCUGUUAUGUAAUCCUGUCCUUUUUUUUAUACGUAUCCGUGUCGUGAAAAUAUGCGUUGUGUAAAGAAAAAGAUUCGGGACAUACCAAAGUGCAUAAGGGCGGACGGACUAAUGGUGACGUGUUAAGUCCAGAUCUUUAAAUAUGGGACCCAUAAGAUGGGCUGUGGGAAGGCUACUGAUGCCGCAGUCUCCAGUGCACAUCAGCCAGCGAUUUCUUCCUGAAGCUCGGAGGCGCUUUUACAGGAGUGUUACAGUGGCGGGAACUGGUAAUGAUUAUGAAGUAAACUUGGAUCACAGGAAGUUGAAGACGCCAAUGGGAAAUGUGUUUCAGGUGCCAAACCAUGGGUUGGCUUUGGCUGUAGCACAUGAGUGGGCUUCUGUCAAGGACAAGAUCCAACCCAGCCUGAUGCACCUGACAUCUCUUUCUAACACUGUACUGGACAACCCAGCCAGAGGAACAAAGUGGGAUUUUGCUGACAAGAUUUUGGAAUACCUUGAAACAGACACAGUAUUGUUCCCGGGUGAGACCACAGAUGACCUCGUAGAGCUGCAGAGAAGAGAGUGGGAUCCUGUGAUAGAAUGGUUUAAUAAGAAGUUUGAGAUUGACCUCCAGCCUGCAGUUGGAAUAUGCGGUGCGGACAUUCCCAUGCAAGCCCGGGAAAGUAUACGCCGGUAUCUCCUGUCUUACGACAUUUGGGCCAUCACUGGAUUUCUCUAUGGCGUGGAGGCAUUGAAAUCUGUGAUAUUAACUGUGGCAGCUGCAGAACGAAAGUUGACAGCAGAAAAGGCUGUUGCACUCUCUAGGCUAGAACUACAGUACCAGACAUCUCGUUGGGGAUCUGUGGAAUGGGCACAUGACCUUGACCAGUAUGAUCUCGAAGCAAGAUUUUCUGCAGCUCUUCUCUUCAUUCUCUUCAAUACCUCUCAGACAUCAGUGAAACAAAAGACAAAGCAAUAACACCAUGUAUUCUGAGUGAUUGUUCACUCUCUUUGUAUAGACUUCCGUAGUUAGAAUAACCAUAUUGUGUUUUUUGUACAUAUGUUAAGCUUAAUAAUACUUAUGUGAUUGUUGUCUAUAUUGUUCUUUGCAAAGAGCUUAUAUGUACAAUAUUUCAUUGAAAGAAAAAAAAAAAAAAUUAUGUAGCCUAUUA